AUGAGUCAACUCCUGGUGGACGAUGGAAGGUUUGGACCCCGCAGAGUGCUGCUUCAGCUUCGCCCUGUAUGGCACAUUUUCCUUCCCUAUGGGCUGCUGAGCAUUUUGUUUAUGUUGGCCGUGCAGCUUUAUGGUCCAUUUCUUCGCUCGAUGGUAAAGUGCGCAACCGAAAUGGAGCCUACUGUCUUCACCGGGUCCGCCCACUGUGGAGAUGCUAAUUUGGUCCUAUCCGUGGCGCAAGCCCGGGAAGGCCGUUUGGUGGCCAUGAAACUGCUGGUCCACGCCUUCGCGGGUCCAGUCUUGGCAUUGCUGGCGGACAGCAUUGGGCGACGGCCGGUGCUUCUUUUAGGCCUUGCAGGCUUUACUGUGGCCUUUUGUAUUUUUGCCAGUGUGGCAGGGCUCCCAGUUCUGCAUGGUUCCCAAAGCUUGAUGAGUUUGUCCUUCUUGGUCGAGGGCUGCACAAGUGCCUUUGAUGUGGUCUUCCUCUCGGUGCUGGCAGACUUAGCCAAGACGACCACUGAGCGGGUGACAUGUUUUUCAGUUCUCUACGGCAUGGGGGCGCUGGGGCAUGCAAUCGCGAUCUAUUUAUCUGCGGGAAUCCUCCGUUGGCAACUGCAAAACUACGCUGCUGUGUGGUUGGCCAUGAGCAUAGGAAUGGCUUGUGUGAUGCUUUUGGUGCUGGUAUGUGUCCCAGAAACCCUUCCAUCAGCGCAAGCCAAAUCGCGGCCGCAGAAGCUUACACUGCCCAGGUUGAUGACCAGUACAGCAGUGCAGAUGAGGUAUUUAGUGUCGAAUCGUUUUCUGCAGAUUUGGCUAACAGCUGUGCUUUUCAAGUCUCUGGCUGCAGGUCUCGGUAGCAUCUAUGCAUCCUUUACUUUGGCAGCCUAUGACUGGAAACCCGGAGAUUGGCAAGCAGUGACCUGGCCCUUCGAAAUGAUCUCCAUGGGAAGUCUCAGUUUCCUUGGACCCUUGGCAGGUCGCAAACGUCCAGAGGUUGUCAUCUCCUUUACCUCGGUCUCUGGGAUCUUGAUCCAUUUGGCCCAGAUUUUUGCACCUUUUGCCCCUUUCGCCUUGGUGGGUCCCCAUCUUUCUGCGGGCUUUCUGGCCUUCGCGCGGCCGGUGUCGGCCGCAUAUUUGAGCAGCAUCUUUCCAGCCUCUGAGCAAGCCAAAGUGCAAGCGCUGGCGCAUUUGGUACACGACUUCGGCAUUUCAUUCUCCAUGGCUACUUUCUCAGGGCCUUGGCUGUUUCGUCCACAUUUGCAGGGAUGGGAUGCCGCACGACCAUUUCUGUCGCCAACUCAGAUCGGCACCGAAAAUGGCUCCCAGCGCAGGAACCUGUGGAACCUGUGA